CCUCACCAAUAUCCCGACUCUGCAAUCAUAAUGGGCCUCUUCACCAGAGGAAAAGCCGACGGCGAGCCUGGCGCAGACAACAACAUCACAACUUCCGGAGCAUCGCCUGGCAAAACAGGAAUCAGCAGAUUUGGUAGAACGCGCAAAUCUACCGAUGUGCCAUCAUCUCGCUCUGGCGCAGCUGGACAUGGCGCCCUGAAGGCAAUGCGCCUUGUGCAGCUCUUGCUUGCCAUUCUGAUUCUGGGACUUGUCGCUUAUGCCGUCAAUUUUUUCUCAGCCACUUUCGUGACCAUUCUGACUGUCCUGGCUACGAUUCCAUUGGCUUUCCUAUCGCGUUUGCCAGGUCUGUCUGCGCACCCACUCUCUGCUGGGCUGGUCGACUUGUUCUUCGCGCUGUUCUGGCUAGCCAUCAUGGCUGAGCUUGCUGCCUACAGUGAUGUGGCAGCACCUAGGGACUUGACGUACUAUACUGGCGGCCUCGGUCAGCAGACAGACAGCAAUGCCGCUUAUGCAGCCUACAGCGGCACGAUAAACAGACUCAAGGCGGCAUGGGCAUGUGGAGCUGCGGCUGCUGCAUUUUCUGGGUUAGAAUUUGUUUUGUUCCUCGUCAGUGCAUUGCUGCCUCUACGUGGCCGCCUUGUUGGACCUGUUACAGGAACCGACAGCACUGGCGUACCUACCAAUUAUCAUGGCUCUGCCACACACAAUGGUAGCGAGCCACCGUUCGAGAUGCAGACGAGGAAUGCUGGACACACCAGUCCGACCAGUCCGACCACUGGAUUGAACAGUACUGGUGGGCAAGUUCUUGAUGGCAAUAACACGAACAUGGUCGGGACUGUCAAUGGAAACACAUUUGCGUCCACACCUCAUGGGCAGCACGAAAGUAGUCUCGGCGUGGGAGACAGAGGCAAUAUGAUCUGA